AUGUCGAAAAAGGGUUACAUAUUCACCUUUGCUUUGGCCCUGCUUACAUUAACUGGCGCCAAUCCAGUAACUUAUAUGGCAACGGACUCGGAGGUCACCACCACUCGACCGAAACUCAUCAUCGAGGAGUUGGAACCCAUGAGAUACGAGUUCAUCACCGAGCACCGACCCACUUCGCUGGGGCAGAACUAUUAUCUGAAACCUGGUCAGUUGGUUGGCUCUGUCACUCUGGAUUCGGAUUCCCUUCAGGUGCGACACGAUCAGGACGAUGGAAAGCCGGUGACCAGCAAGCAUAACAUCCUAUUUGUGGCAUAUGCCAAGGAACUGGCCCAGGAAACCAGACUAAGGAAGUAG